AUGCAAGUCCCUCUGCUGCGCCUGCAAUGCGGCAAGACAGGCAAAGACAGCGCCGCUGCCCGCUAUGCCUCGGCCACGAACUUCACCAUCGAAUCCAGCAAACCCUACGCCGAACUAUGGAUGGGAACUCACCCCUCCAACCCCUCCAAAGACCUCACUACCGGCCGCACCCUCCUCGACCUCGUCCAAGACAACCAAUCCCUCAUGAGCCCCGCCAUUGCCAAACGCUACGAGCAGAAACUGCCUUUCCUCUUCAAGGUCCUGAGUAUAAACAAAGCGCUCAGUAUCCAGGCCCACCCGAACAAGAAGCUAGCGGAGCAAUUACACAAGAGCGACCCGAAGAAUUACCCGGAUGACAACCACAAGCCUGAGAUGACCAUCGCCAUAACCCCCUUCGACGGUCUAUGUGGCUUCAGACCAUUAGCCGAGAUCGCGCAUUUCCUCCAAAAUGUGCCUAGUUUACGGCAAUUAGUGGGAGAACAGCAAGCCAAGAAGUUUGAGGAAGCAACCUCAGGCCAGGAAACGAGCACAGAUCCCAGCAAAGCGCAAGAGAACAAAUCCGCGCUGCAAGCGGCCUUCACGUCCCUCAUGUCCGCCUCUCCCGACGACGUCUCGAAACACGCUCCCGAAUUGAUCCAACAAGCGGAAAAAGAAGGCCCCAAAUUUGCUGGCACAGGCGUCGAAGCCACCUCCGGCAAAACCCUCUCAGAUCUCAUGCAAAGACUCAACACCCAAUUCCCCAACGACAUCGGCCUCUUCGUCACCUUCUUCCUCAAUUACGUCACCCUCUCCCCAGGGGAAGCCAUGUUCCUCAAAGCCGACGACAUCCACGCCUACCUCAGCGGCGACAUCAUCGAGUGCAUGGCCGCGUCGGAUAAUGUGGUACGAGCGGGUUUCACACCCAAGUUCAAGGACGUCAAGAACUUGACGGAUAUGUUGACGUAUUCUUAUGCGCCAAUCGAGGAGCAGAAGAUGCAGCCCACGGAUUACCAUUUCUGUAAGAUGAAUACGGAGGCGUAUAAGAGUUCGAGUCUGGCUACGUUGUAUGAUCCUCCCAUCGAGGAAUUCGCCGUCGUGCGUACUGCUCUUAAGAGCGCGGGGAGUAAAGUCACUUUUGAGGCGAUUGAUGGUCCUAGUAUCGUCAUUUGCACGCAGGGUUCUGGCACAGUUUCCGUGGGACCUAAGACGGAGGAGCUGAAGGAAGGGUAUGUGUAUUUUGUUGGUGCUACGGCGGAGCUUGUGGUGGACAGUAGUGGGAGUGAGGAGUUGGUGGCUUUUAGGGCGUUUUGUGAAUUGGAAGGGGAGGUGGAGGGCAAGGGGAGUACUAAUGGGAAGAUGUGA